CCGAGCGCGCCCCCCAAAGCUUCAAACAUAACUGCCGCCACCGCCGCCCAACAGCCCACCGUAGUUUCUAGAAACCCCGGCCGGAGACGAGCGGGAGAGGGGGAGGGGAGAGAGGAGAGGGAGGAAAUCCAGCGCGCCGGCCGCCGUGGGCUCCCAGGCUCGCGCACAUGGCGAACGGGACCGGAUCUCUGGGUCUCGUCGUCGACGACGGCCUCGGGCAGACCUCGUCCCCGCUCCCCUCCGCCGCGCCCGUCGACGAGGUCCCCGGCGCGACCGCCUUCCCGCUUCCCCCCGCCGCGCCCGUCGACGAGGUCCCCGGCGCGACCGCGUCCCCGCUCCCCUCCGCCGCGCCCGUCGACGAGGUCCCCGGCGCGACCGCCUUCCCGCUUCCCCCCGCCGCGCCCGUCGACGAGGUCCCCGGCGCGACCGCGUCCCUGCUUAUCUCCGCCGCGCCCGUCGACGAGGUCCCCGGCGCGACCGCGUUCCCGCUUCCCCCCGCCGCGCCCGUCGACGAGGUCCCCGGCGCGACCGCGUCCCUGCUUACCUCCGCCGCGCCCGUCGACGAGGGCCUCGGCGCGACCCCGGCUCCGCUUCGCUCUGCCGCGCCCGCGUCUCCGCUUCGCCCCGCCGCGCCCGCGCCCGCGCCGGGUGUGCCGCCCACACCCGAUGGGAGCGCCGGCCGCCAUGGGCUCCCAGGGUCGCGCACGGACAGCGUGGCGAACGGGGGGGAUUCUGGAUCCCAAGCUCGGGGUGUCGGCGUCUCCAAGGGCCUCGGCGCGACCUCCUCGCCACCUCGCUCGGCCGCGCCCCCGUCGCGUGUGCCCCUCGCGCCCGAUGCGAGCGGCCACGGCGCGGGAGGAGGCGUCCGCGACAUCUGCAAUGAGGUCGUGGAGCGGCUCGUCGCCGGUGGCCGCCUGGACCCGGGGGCGAACGACGUUCUGCUCCGCACCUUGCUCGAGCAGCAUCUCGGCCGGUUUCUUGACAGGACUCAUUCAAGCCAAACAAGAAGACGUGGUAGCAUUAGGAGACUGCAGAAUAUCAAGACGAGGAAACGAUCUGAGAAGCUCAAAGAAGAGAAGAUGAUGGAAUCAUUCAAGGCAAUCUUAUCGGAUUCAAUCUCAUUUCUGUUUCCAACAAUGGUAGCAGUCUUCGCAAGCAACUUCUCUUUCGGAGAAUACGAGAAAUGCUUACUGAUCUUGUUGUGUGCUCUUGGGGGACUCCUCAUUCUGCUUGCAAUGGUGCUGUCCCAUGGGGUUGAUGAUGGACAAGGAAGGACGGUUGUCGUGUCCCAUCUCACGUUGGGGGCUGUUAUAUACGUAUUUGGUAUGCUUGUGUACUGUCUGUACAAGUUCUUUCCUGAAGGGUCUGGCCAGGUCAUGGCCUUGUACGGUGGUGUUGCUCAUUUUGUCUUUGGAGCAGUAGUGCUUACAGUUCUGUGGGCGACUUUGUUCAAGGUUAGUCCGUGAAUUGUUGGUGCUUGUAGAUGGAGGGACCUGUAAAGUGUUGCACCAUGCAAACUUGUAGAUGCACCAUGCAACUAUUGUCAAACUUUAAAACAUCAGUAUAUUGUUGGUGCUUGGCAUUUGGUCAAGAUGAUCAA